UUCAAUUCGUAUGAAUUUAGUCUGCCAGAUUUCCCGUCAGAAAUCAUUGCAAAAAUAGAUAACUCUUUGAAUGGAGAAGAUGGUUAUUUUUCCAAGUCAGUGGAAAAAAACGAUCAAACCAAGCCAUCUCAAAACGUGUUUAUCUUUCCCGAUAAGGAAAAAAGCGACAAGGUGGCCCAUGAUCCUGGGGCUUCUUUAUCCACGGACUCCUUUUUUGAUCGCCUACUGGAUAAGAUGGAGGACACAAUUGAUCGGGUGGCAAGUCGGUCAGGCACCGCUUCAAACUAUUACGCACCUGCUCCAAGUUAUUCCGCUCCUUCGCCCAGUUAUCAUGCGCCUGUCCCAAUUGUGUACCACGCCCCAAAUCCUGCUCCAGCCCCCACCUAUCAUCACUAUCCGGCACACGGCAAAGACUAUGACUUCAGUCCCAUUUUCCUGUCCUUGAUUCCGCUACUUUUUGGUCUUGGCGCGCUGCUGGGCUUAAACUUGAAUAAUGACGACGACCCCGCUCCGGCACCAGUGACGCCCAAUGUAACCAUCAACAGCCAAACGAGUUCGAACUCAGAUGCCACUUCCUCGUCAUCGGGUUCUAAUGGCACAUCGUCAACUUCGUUUCUACCCAUAUUUGUGUUCCCAAAUGGAACCUUAGCUUUUCCAGCUAUUAUUCCGGGACUGACCCCAAUCCAGGGUUUGACUGGCAUCACUGGUAUCACACUGGGAUUAGGAAACCUGUUCGGCUUGAUCCCACUACCGCUCGGCCGGAACUUUCCAGACUCUGAGGACAUGGAUCUGAUUGUAGAGCAAGGCGAGGAACUUGAUUUCACUCCUCAAUAUGUUCCCAUGUCUGAUGUUUGGGAAGAGUUUUCGUUUAAUCCGUUGUAUGACCUUUUUAGCGUGGGUCCUUCAGAGUUGGUCCAGAGGAGCUGGAAAUCUUGGUCUAAAUUGGGUGACUUGACCACCAUGAGAGGCACCAGAACCUUGCGCGUUCAAUGCUUUACCCGUCAGCUCUGUCAAAGCCAAUCGGAGGAUUACAGAGCAUUUGGCAAAAACAUAUAUCUCACCUCAUCUAAGUUGCUGGCUGCAUGGUGGGAAGGAUCCAAAUGGAACAUACCACUCCAUCAUUUGAUUUGGACUCUUCAAAUGGGAAAUGAAGAAGAUUGUGAUCAAAUUCAUUGUUCCGAUCAAUCAUAGUUAGUAGACUAAUAAAUAUCACGAUAGUUCACAAUAAAACAGUAUCGACCU